CUCCUGAUGAUGGCAGCGCAGCAAGGGCUGUCUCAGCAGCAGCUCCAGCAGCUGCAGCAGCAAGGGCUGGCGUCCCCCUUACAGCAGAUGAUGCAGCAGCAGUCGAUGGUGAUGCAGCAGGCCCAGCAGCAGAAACUCCACGAGCAGCUCCUGCACUCCCUGAACGAGCAGCUGCAGAUGAACCUCAUGCACCAGGCUCAGCUGCUCAAGGAGCCGGGCGGUGCCGGCAAAGGGGGAGGGGCCAAGGGGGGCGGGGCCUCGCCCUCCACCAAUCAGAACCUGCAGGCCCUGCUGCUCCAGCACCAGCAGAUCAUGCAGCAGAUACAGCUCGUGCAGCGACAGUUCGCCCUGGCCUCGGCGCUCCAGCCCUUCGGCAUGCCUCAGGGUGAGUACUGAUUGAUGUUGUGAGGGCGUGUGUGUG